GGGGCUCCGGCCCCUCCCGGGAGCAGAGCGGAGCCCGCACCGGGCCGGGGGGGCUGCGACCCCCGGGCUGCGGGGUCGGGGCAGAGCGGCGGGAGCGGCAGAGCCAGGAACAAGAUGCCCAUGAAGUUUAACCUCCUUUAGCCUUAAAAACUAAAAAGUUAUGGAUCCUUUGUACUUUUCCAACGCGUUCGGUGCCGAGGGCGGUUCCGGCGGCGGGAAUUCCUCCCUGCUGACGAACACGACGGAGAACGGGACCCUCCCGGAGCAGCCCCCCUUCAAGUACGUCCACAAAGUGCUCAUCCCCAUCUGCUACCUCCUGGUGUGCGCCGUGGGGCUCAGCGGGAACACGCUGGUCAUCUACGUGGUGCUGCGUCACGCCAAGAUGAAAACCGUCACCAACAUCUACAUCCUCAACCUGGCCGUGGCCGACGUGCUCUUCAUGCUGGGCCUGCCCUUCCUGGCCACCCAGAACGCCAUCUCCUACUGGCCCUUUGGCUCCUUCCUCUGCAGGCUGGUCAUGACCGUGGACGGCAUCAACCAGUUCACGAGCAUCUUCUGCCUGACGGUGAUGAGCAUGGACCGGUACCUGGCCGUGGUUCAUCCCAUCAAAUCCACCAAGUGGAGGCGGCCCAGGGUGGCCAAGCUCAUCAGCGUGACCGUGUGGACAUUCUCCUUCUUGGUGGUGCUUCCAGUCAUCAUCUUCUCGGACGUGCAGGAGGACUUUCAGACCUGCAACAUGAACUGGCCGGAGCCCGUCAACAUCUGGUCGGCGGCUUUCAUCGUCUACACCUCGGUCCUGGGCUUCUUUGGGCCUCUGCUGGUGAUCUGCCUCUGCUAUUUGCUGAUUGUCAUCAAGGUCAAGUCGUCAGGGGUCCGGGUGGGGUCUACGAGGCGCAGGAGAUCGGAGAGGAAGGUGACCAGGAUGGUGGUGAUCAUCGUGGUGGUCUUCGUGCUCUGCUGGCUCCCCUUUUACACCAUGAACAUCGUCAACUUGAUAUUCAUCCUGCCAGCAGACCCCGUGCUGGAGGGCUUGUACUUCUUUGUGGUGGUGCUGUCCUAUGCAAACAGCUGUGCCAACCCCAUCCUUUACGGGUUCCUCUCUGACAACUUCAAGCAGAGCUUUCAGAAAGUCCUUUGCCUGCGGAAGGGCAACGGCGUGGAGGACGGGGAGCCCGUGGAACACAGGCAGGAGAACAGCAGCCGCCUGCAGGAGUCCAUGCUGACCCAGAGGAACGUGGAGUUCAACGGCCACAUGCAGACCAGCAAGGUCUGAGGGCGUGGGUUGGGGCUGCAAAGGGCUGGUGGAGCUGGAGAACUUGGGGGGCCUCGAGGAGAGAUGAAUUCGUGGCAAAGGUGAAAGGUGGAGACCCACAGGCUCCAGUAAAUGUACAUAGAGGUGGCUUCACUCCCCUCCCUUCCCCAGCUCGGAGUGGUAGGGGCCGUGCUGGGCUGUGGCCAAGCUCUCGUGGUGACCUGGGUCAUGUGGGACCACUUUGGGUCCUCUGGAGAUUUCCAGGCUUUGUACUGCCCUAGUGAUGCAAAACCACACAAAAUCAGUUUUAACCACCUUGUUAAGCUGGGCUUGUGGCUGCUCUGCACUGUUGGGAGCAGCUCAAAGCAGAAAACAGCUCAGACAGUGUCUCUGAGAUCCUUCAAGGGGAUCUCUUACGAGAAAAAUGCUGUUUCUUAAGAGUUUCAUACCCAAAAGGCCCCAGCACUGACCUCAGAGCUGUGCAUGAGCCAUGGUUGGAACCUGCUGGGUGCUCCUCCUGCAUUGGUUUGCUGUCAUGAACCCACCUAAGGGAUUCAUGGUGCCCAGGAAUCCUUCAAACACACCAAGAAUGAGGAAAAAAACCCCAUGAUUAGGAAGACCUAAAUCCUAAACAGGUCUAAAUCCUAAAGAAUUCAGUGUAUUCAUGAUGUUCUCACAUUCUAACCCAAAGUGCAUAGAAAACGUGAUGUGACCACUCUGUUGUUCUGUCAGUGCUGAUCAUUGUGAAGUCCUGGGGAGCUGUCGUGUGUAUUUAUUGGUUCUGAAUGUCAGUCUGGACGUGAAUAUAAACUGUAUUUUCAGAAAUUAAAACAAGUUCAACCCCC